AUGCCCGAUCACCCUCGUCGUCCGCCACCCGGUAGGAGCUUCCCUUUUCUGCGUAAAGGAGAUGGACAAAAAACUAAGAUAAGCAAUUAUACAAUUCUAAAAAUGUGUAUGGUGGAAAAUGGCAAACUAAAGACGUUAUACCCACAACUUCGGAAUCAGAUGGCGCUGGAACAAGUGCUAAUAGAGGUUGGCAGUACUCUUCUGUUCCGAGAACGAUUCGAACAAAUGAUGAUGGAUUUGUCAGAGAGUGUGGAAGUCCAACACACGAUGAUGAAUUAUUCACUCACUCCUCCUACCGUUGGCUCAACGUCUCCUAUGCUCGCAAGCACACCACAACCUAGGGCAGAGUGGCAAUUACCACAACAGUCACAACAUGUUCCCGCCUUAGAAACUUCGAUACUCGGUGACAUUACAAAUGCUGGUUCUGUCGAUAGUGGUAAUCUUAUUGCUAACUCACGUGCCCCUCAUCCUGUUCCUGGUCAUGACAUUAGACCACUGCGUCAGAGAGGUUACACAGACGUGGAAAAGAAGUUGGUUGAACAGCUGCGAAAUGCUAUUGCACAUCUUGAUCUUGCCGAUAUGGAACAACAAAAGAAAGCUAAAGAAGUCUUGUUGUUAGUAAUCUUCAUCUUUAUUGGAUUGUAUUUAUGGUUGGAAGAGGCGUAUCUUCAAUUUCGUGAUCACGUACGCGAAUUCGAGGAGCAGAAAGACCUAGAGAAAGAAAGAGUUCAGCGUAUUCGUCGGCAACUUGAGAGAGAGAGGAAAACCAUCAAUAAAACUGGUGGUGAGAGGGAUAAAGUUGUAGCUGAGCAGAUAGAAGAUUUAAUGAAAGCCAUAACGCAAAAGGAUCGACAAAUAUCAUCGCUGCGUCUACGUCUGCGAAAGGCUGAAGAACUGAGUCAGACGAAGGAGAAAGAAUUGGAGGAAAAUAACAAAAAAGUAGACCGAUUGGAAAGAACUGUUAACACAUUGCAGCGGCAAUUGGCUCAAGUUCGUGGAAAUUACGCCAAACAGACACAUGAGAUGGCUGCAGAGCUUCAGGCAGCUCGAGCGCACAACCUGCGAAGAAAGGGUUCCAUUGGAUUGCUACCAACUGUGAACGACCAAACUGUUCAUGGAAAGUCCGUGGACACAGUUGAUCCGCAAGUUUCGGAACAACAAAGGUCAACUCAAGAACGACCAAAAUCUGUCAGUUGGGCGGACAAACCUGUACCUGCGCAUGUUUUACCGAAUACAACAUCUUACACAAGUGGAUCCAGUCAAAUGAAGUUCAUGGAGCAAGGAGUUGGCUACUUUGGUUUAUGUCGGCUGUUUAAAAAUGAAAUUGGUGACUGGACGAAAGUAACAACAACCGAUUGUGGUUGUGACUUUUACGAAUACAGCAACUCCGAUGUUCGUUGGAUCAGCUGCGACCGCACUGUUGAGGUAAACUACUUCGGCAUCGUUGGGGCAACAAUUGUUACACUUAUAAAAGGAUGCAGUAUUCGGUAUUUCAACAAUGGACAGAUUGAACUAUUUCGUCUCUCCGGAGAGAUUUCUCGAUUUGAUCCUGUGACCAAGCGGCGGACUGAGACUAUGAUUCACUCUGAUGGUUCGAAAUACGUCGAAAUUUUCGAUUCAACUGGCUGCUUUGUCCGCAUUGAAGGAACUAAUCGUACUUCGCAUAAUUUUGGAGAGCGGUCAUCCUAUCGUGGACAUCCAUCUGAUCGUCAUGUGUACAAUCACAGUAAUUCUGAGCCAGAAUGGAUAGAACCGGAGUACAAUGCGCGACGAUGUCCUGAUGGCUCAUUGAAGAUAAAAUUCUCCAACGUUAUGGUGUGCUGCCUCGGUGUAGAAGAUGUUGGCUAUGUGAAGCAUACAACUCGUUUGGAAAAUGGAAGCGAACGGAAGCGGAUGUGUGUGGAAUGGGGACAUGUGGCUAGAGCAAGGCAACGGCAGAUCGAAGCUCGAAAGUGCCAAGAACUAGUUGCCCUUAAUGCAACGAUUGCCGAUUUUGCUCCCCAAAUCAACCCCGCUGACGAGUGGUUGCUGAUGGCAGCGUUAGAUAGGAAACUAGCUGAGAGAAACCUAAAGCAAGGGCCUCCAUUGCUGUUUAUUGUCGAGAACCAGCAGGUAGUUCUAGCGUGUAGUCCUCAAAAAGUAGCACGAUUUCUUCGCUCUCUCACUGGUGGAGCUAUUGAUGGGCCACGAUCUGUUCACGGUCUCACAUCUUUUUACACUACAGCGGGUCUUAAAGCUCGUUGGUGUGGGAAGGCGGUCGCAGUCAACUCGUCAGCUUUCGCUUCCACCUACUCCUUGCGCCAGAAACACCCAUUUAUUCAAGUGGAAACGGAUGCUAAAAAAAUUAACGUGCAUAAUUGUGAGAUAUGGGAACUUCCUUUAAAAGCGGGUUCUGUGCAGUUCCACCUAUGCCUUAUCCGUCCUCGUUUUCUUGGGGACAUAUUAAAGCUGAAAACGCAAAUGCUGGGCCAAGAUUUGAAAGACAUUCUGAACGAAUUGUUGAAGACCAAGAGCCAGCACUGCAAAUUACUGCUACCAGUGUUUUCGCUAAAAUGCGAAGAGAAUUUGGAGCACACAUGGAUGAAACACGGAACUGGGAAUAUGGGUGAAGAUGCCGUGUUGCCACCGUUUGACGCAAUUUGGAAUGUAACUAAGCUGUCGAUUAGUCUUGAAGGUGUCAAUACACUAGACCUUAAGCUCGCGCCAAAUCCACUUCUGCCUCCGUCUUAUCGCUCUUACUACACCUCGGAGGAUUUGUGGCAACCUCAUCCAGCGCCUGGAACUUCUAUCGACUCUUCAUUUCUCUUCGUAAUCACUCAACGAGGAAGCAUACCUCUUCUGGCUGGGUGCUAUGCGGGUCAUCCGCCUCCUUCGAAUGCCGCAUUCACAUUGCUCGCUCCGAAUAGGAUUAGAAGUAAACCGCCUCCGAAAAUCGAUCCAAGACCCAGCGUAAAAUUAACCAAGAAGCAGAAAAAGGCUCUGAAAGUACGUCGUCAGAGAGCAGCUAAAAUAAAAAUGCGAGCAGAACGUCCACGAAAUAAAACAUUGAAAAAGAAAAAAGAAACCGACGAUAGGCUGGUGGUGGGUGUUACCAACCCUGUACCUCUGUCAAAAUAA